AUGUCUUCCUCACCGCCGCAGCCGACCCAGUCGACGAAGCGACCUUUGGAGGAGGCUUCAUCUCCUUCGCGCGCUACAGACCAACCCGACGCGAAACGCCCUGCGCUCGACAAGGUCAUCAAGAACGAAAGCGAGGACAAGAACUCGAAAUUGUCGGGCAACGCUGUCGAAAGCCCCGACAAGAAUGGUGACGAAGUUUCCAAUGGCGUAAAGACCGAGGCAGAUGCCGUCGCUGUCGAGGCCAGUGCCGACGAGAAGGUGGCUGCCGCGGCUGCUACCAACUCUUCAUCUGCCGCCGCGCAUGACGAAACCUCCUGGAUUCACAUUCGCGCCGUCAUCUCCAGCCCAGAGGCUGCCACUAUCAUUGGCAAGGGCGGCGAGAAUGUCUCCAACAUUCGUAAAAUGUCGAAUGCCAAGUGCACCGUCAGCGACUAUCAAAAGGGAGCUGUCGAGCGCAUUCUAACAGUCAGCGGCAUCGUAGAUGCAGCGGCUAAGGCUUUUGGCCUGAUCAUUCGCACACUUAACAAUGAGCCAUUAACAGAGACUUCUACAGCCUCAUCGAAGACGUACCCACUGCGUCUUCUUAUUCCCCAUAUUCUCAUUGGCUCUAUCAUUGGAAAGGGCGGUGCUCGCAUCCGGGAAAUCCAGGAAGCGUCGGGGGCUCGGCUUAAUGCUUCGGAUUCCUGCCUACCCAUGUCCAGUGAGCGGUCGCUGGUUGUGAUGGGCGUUGCCGAUGCUGUCCACAUUGCAACCUACUAUGUUGGCUCGACCCUUCUUGAGCAGCUGAACGAACGUUUUGGCGGACCUGCUGCUUCCGCCUAUGCUACCAGAAGUGGUACUCCCGCUGGCUCUAUCCCCGGCGGCAUGCAGGUUGUUCCGUACAGUCCCCAGCCUGCCUCGGGUCAGUACGGCCGCAGCGACAACUAUGGACGCCAUUCUGAACGUCGCCCACCGAUGCCUCCCCCUGCGCCUUACCCUGCGCAAUAUCCCCCUCACGCUGGCGCCCAAGCCGCAGUCCCCGCCAUGCCGAUGCAUUAUGGUGCGCAAGCGGGUGCGUAUGGCGCAGCUGCUCCUCAUGUUCAGCAACAUAUGCCACCGCACACUGGCGCGCAGCCCCAUGGUGGUCCUCAGGCGCAAAACAUGCAUGCAGGCAUGCCGGGUGCUCCCAUGACCCAGCAAAUCUAUAUUCCAAAUGAUAUGGUCGGCGCUAUUAUCGGCAAGGGUGGACAGAAAAUUAACGAGAUACGCCAGCUGAGUGGCAGCGUGAUCAAGAUCAACGAGCCUCAGGAUAACAGCAACGAGAGACUAGUUACGGUUACGGGUACCGAGGAGUGCAACCGCAUGGCUCUGUAUCUGCUCUACGCCCGACUUGACUCUGAGAAGCACAGAAUGUAG